AAGGACAUUCUCAGGUCUGACCUGGUCGUGUGUGCAGUGGCCGCUGUCCUGUCCUUCGCUGUCAGUGCCAGCACCGUCUUCCUGUCCUUACGGCCAUUCCUCAGCAUCGUGCUCUUCGUCCUGGCGGGCACUGUGGGCCUCAUCACGCACCACCUGCUGCCUCAGCUCCGCAAACACCACCCCUGGAUGUGGGUGUCACACCCGGUGCUCAGGAGCAGGGAGUACCAGCAGCGGGAAGCCACAG